UCCUCGGCCCGUCCCUGACGGAUGAUACGGAGGCCCGAGCAGCUGUGUCAGUUGUGUACUCGCCGGCCGCAUAGCGCGUACUACCGUCGCCUUUAAAACCGCGACUAGCAGGUCGCGUGCACACCGCUACGGAGAGAGGAGCCUCAGGAACUUGCACUCUCUCUCGCUUUCAAGCGCAGACUACGACCACAAGGUCCGAGUGGUCCCGUUGGCAGUGCCAGCUUCGGAGCGGCUCGCCGCGGGUGGUUUGCUUCGCUUCCUCGCCUUCUCGUUGGUUUUGUUCAGUUACCUGCAUAUGCAUCGCAGCAUUAACUUGUCCAGCUAAAGCUACUCGACCCUCCAACUGCCCCUUCGCUCAUCAGAGAUUAGUGAUCACCGCAGUUUCCCUUGGAUUUAUAUACGCGACCAUCGUAAGCUCUGCUGCUCCUCGCUGGAUGGACCUACCACUCUUCCCCUUCGUGCGUGAUUCGAAUGUGUGAUCAGUUAGUGAGAUCAGAGGUGUUUCCGGAGUGAUCGUCGAAGAGAAGACGCACAGCAUCUACGUCUAUUCGUGGCGGCCACUGGAUCAUACGGGCCUUGUUCACUCCAGUGUGGUGCUGCGCGUAGCUGUUCUCUGCACAUCGGCGAUGCGGUGCCGGUUACUGCUCGCCGCUUUCGCGACGUUCUGGCUCACCUCUCUGCUCAACCCCGACGCAGCCAGCGCGGGCCACGUCUUCUCCUCAGUGGCUCACAUGAACGACCUGGUGUCCCUGGAGCGCAGACUCGUCUACAAGGUCGGCGACUUCCUGCACCGCAUGGAAACCAAGCUGGGAUACCUGCGCAGUUUUCUGAACGACUACUACGAGACAACGGCGUCGAAAGACCGGCAGCUGACGCACUCUACGGCCGAGCAGGAGCACGAGAGUCGCACGGCGAGCCCCAUCGACGCGUACAACACCAUAAAGCGUCUUUCCGUCGACUGGAGCGAAAUAGUGCACCAAUUCCGGGAACCCGACUGGAUUGAGAUCGAGAGGCUGAUGUUGGAGGCCAACGACACGUUUCCGCGCCAGAGCGACCUCCUGGACGCUGGCGAGGCACUCAUACGAAUCCAGAAGACCUACCGGCUCAACCUCACCGACAUGGCCAGGGGCGUCAUCAUGGGCCACAAGGCAACGGCGCAACUGACUGCACGAGACUGUCUGUACUUCGGCCAGCUGCUGUACAGCAAGUCCGACUUCGAGCACGCCACCAAGUGGUUCGAAGAGGCUCUGACCAGGCUCAGCCUCGAGAAGCACCCGUCCAUCACUCCAAGGACGGUGCACGCGUACCUCGCCAGCAGUCUGGAACAGCUGGAAGAACAGCAGAGGCUUAACGAAGAACAGCGAUACACCACGGAGGCUUACGCGGAAGUCAGCCCCAAGGUUCCUACCAUAACGAUGCCCUUCACCGAGGGAUACCUGGAGACGUACAACAACCUCUGCCGCGGAGACAAAGUCCGGGUAAGUCGCUUCGCAUUUUUCACGGGACCUAAAACGCGACCUGAAGAGAAGGACCUACGCUGCUACCUGAGCGUUCCACACCCGUACUUCCGAAUCGGCCCGGUCAAGAUGGAGGUGAUGAGCCAGGACCCGUACAUCGUCCAGUUCUAUGACGUCAUAUGGCCCAAGGAAAUCCAUGCCAUCCGCAACAUCGGUGAUCCCGUGUUGGCCCGUGCCACAGUGCGCGAGACCACACAGAACACUGUGUCCCACGGCCGUAUCAGCCAGGUGGGCUGGGUGAGCCCCGAUUCCGACCCUCUGCUGGUCAGGGUCAACCAACGGGUCUCCAUGCUCACCGGACUGUCUACGGACUACGAGCGCGGGGACUCCGAGAUAUUGCAGUACAACUCAUACGGACCCGGUGGCCACUACGAACCGCACCACGACUACCUGUUCGAGGGUCUCACGAAGGAGCAGCUCGAAGACAUUGAUGAAACGGAUAAGCUGUCUGGAGACCGCAUCGCUACCUUCAUGUUCUACCUUUCAGAUGUGAGUUUGGGAGGUUCGACUGUGUUCCCCUACGCCAAGGCGGGUGUCUCCCCGAGAAUGGGUUCGGCUGCCUUCUGGUACAACAUGCGCGAAGACGGCAGCUACGACGUGCGAACCUUGCACGGCGCAUGCUCCGUGCUACACGGAACGAAGCACGUGGCCAACCUAUGGAUUCGAACCAACGGCCAGAUGUUCCGCCGGCCAUGCCCGGCGACGCAACGGAGAAGGACGCUAGAUUCAACGAAGCUGUGAUAGUUUGUUAUACCUGUGUUAUUCCAUUUCUUUGUUCCUGCCGCUAUUUGUUCCUCCUUUGCGCAUCUUCAUAUCUUCGCGUUAUUUUAUUUUUAUUUUUUCGUUGGGAA